AUGUCGGACGAAUCGGUAUCGACGUUCGGUAGUAACGUGAUCGCAGUGAAUAUAUUUUUAUUAAAAUUGUCCGGCGUAUUGCCGUUUAAAACGACGUUUAUUAUCAAUCUCGAUUGGACGAAUUUACUCGCUUUAAUAUCGUUUCUCUCGUUGACUACAUAUUCCGUUUCUUACACUUACGAAUUCGUCGUUCAUAUGUCGCACGCUGACACUGCACUCGAAUUUUUCUCGAUGAUUAUAUCUCUGAUAGGUGGACAAGCGCGUUACGUAAUAUUAUUUAUCAAACGUUACAAAUUUCGUAACAUGUUGAAAAUUUGCGAGAGACUUUGGACGUCAUUGGAUAAUAAAGAGAAAUCGUGCGUUCGUAUUUAUACGAAUAAAACGAAACGUUUGACAUAUUAUUAUUUGUUCGGUUGCGCUUUUACGAUUUUCUUUUACGCCAUUGCUAGUCUCUUCGUAUCCUCGUCUACUAACGAUGCGAAUGGAAACGAAACGUCAAUAAGAAAUUUGCCUUAUGCAUUUAUAUUCGAUAUUCAUGAUUCGCCGUAUUUCGAGAUUGCUUAUGUUUAUCAAUUAAGUACGAUGAUCAACGUUGGUUUGACGUGCGUCGGUGCGGACACGGUAGGACCAGUUAUGAUUCUUAUUGCCUGCGGACAUCUUAAAGUAAUACAAAACAAAAUGUCUGCGUUGAUGGAAGACGCGAAAUCUAACGACGAUGAAGAUUCUUAUAUUUUUCAAGAUGUCAAGAUUAAACUCGACGGUUACGUUAAUUAUCAUUGCACUGUUCUCGAAUUUUGUAAGGACGUCGAGGAACUGGCUAACGUCAUUUUCCUCACACAAUUGAUCGGCAGCACUUACAACAUAUCUCUAGUUGGUUUUAAAUUAGCUGGGGACGACCCCGAUAAGUACAAAUAUACGACGCAGGUAUUGAUUGCAGUAAUACAACUCUUUCUCUGCAAUUGGCCACCCGACGUAUUGCUCUUCGAGACUGCAGCAGUAGCCAAUGCAGCAUAUUCGAUGCCUUGGUAUAUAUAUUCGACGGAAUUGAAAAGAUCUAUGCAUAUUAUCAUUAUGAGAUCACAAAGGGCCGUACGUUUGACCGCUGGUAAAUUUACUUACUUGUCCUUGGAAACGUUUGCUUCUAUCGAAUAA